UGUGCAAUCAAAAUUCAUGCAAUUCGAUUUUGAUGUGUUUAAAUAAUAUCCAAAUUUAUGUUUACUCGUGCGUUGCUAGUAAAAUACAAACACGUCAAAACAUCGUUGUGUGGCAGUGACAAUAUAUAGUGACUGUUUAAAUCAAAGCGCAUUAGCGCAGUCAAGCACUCGUUUAAUAUAAGUUCCAAUCAUCGAGAGAUUGUGAUUUUUUUAGGAUGUUACUAGAAAAAUUGGACGAUUUUUGCGGCGGAGAAAAGUUCUGGAAUCAAACUCUCACCUGGGAUACCGAUACACCAGAUUUUACAGAAUGCUUCCAGAAAACAGCAUUAAUUUGGCUACCAUGUGCCUUUCUCUGGCUGUUUACGCCAUUAGAAAUAUUUUAUAUGAAAAAUAGCAUUAAUCGUAAUAUUCCGUACGGUUUUGCAAAUGUUUGCAAAUUAUUGUUAACUGGUGCGCUGAUAAUUCUAUCAAUCAUUGAUUUAGUGAUUGUUGUAGUCAAUGGCGAGAAACAAAAAUUGGCACCGGUCGACUAUUAUACGCCAGCAAUUAAGAUUGCUACAUUUACAUUGUCGGCAGUAUUGUUGGAAGGAAAUCGACGUUUUGGUCUUCGAACAUCUGGUCUUCAAUUUUUGUUUUGGGCAUUCUUGUUGAUAUGCGGAUUGCCAAUGUUACGGACACAAAUCACACAUCGGCACGCACGUCAAGCUAAUCCUGAUCAUGAUGUAGACCCUCUUGCGGAAUACAAUUUCACCAGUUACCUCAUAUUUUAUAUAUUCUCAUUGGGCAUUUGGAUCUUAAAUUGCUAUGCAGAUCGAGCACCGCUUAAAACAAAAUAUCCAAAGUCCGAUAAACCAUAUCCAGAACAAGGUGCCAGUUUUCUAUCUCGACUUUUGUACACAUGGUUCGAUCCAUUGGCUUGGCAAGGCUAUCGACGACCACUCGAACAAAAAGACCUGUGGGACAUGAACCCAGAAGAUUCGUCCAAAGAAAUUAUGCCAAUAUUUUUAAAAUAUUGGGAUCGUGCGGUUGCCAAGGCUUCCGGCUACAAUGUAAGAGCCGCUUUCACUGGAAAUGCAUCAUACACUAAAUCUCGAACGUCAGCCAGCGUUACCAUCAAUCCCGAACAAAGAAAGAAAAAACAAGCAUCAAUUUUACCGCCAAUUUGUAAAGCAUUCGGCCCGACAUUUUUGUUCGGGGCCAUUUUAAAGUUGGUUAAUGAUCUUUUAACAUUCGUUAGUCCACAACUACUUCGAGCAAUUAUCAAUUUUGUUGACGACUCAAACUACAAUCCAGUCGAACAAAAUACAACAUUGGAUUCCACAACAGAGUCUAUGCUAGGCAUAGAAUCAAGAUUGAAUGGAUCAAAACAACAAGAUCCAAUGUGGCGUGGUAUUUUAUAUGCAGUACUUUUAUUCAUUGUGGCCAGCACACAAACUCUAUUCUUGUCACAAUACUUUCAACGUAUGUUUUUGGUUGGUCUACGUAUUCGUACGGCUCUUGUUGGUGCAAUCUAUAAGAAAGCAUUGUGCUUGUCGAACAAAGCUAGAAAAGAAAGCACUGUGGGUGAAAUUGUGAAUUUAAUGGCUGUCGAUGCGCAAAGAUUUAUGGAUUUAACCACAUACAUCAAUAUGAUUUGGUCGGCUCCAUUACAAAUUGCUCUCGCCUUAUAUUUCUUAUGGGAUUUGCUUGGGCCAUCUGUGCUGGCGGGUUUGGCUGUUAUGAUCAUAUUGAUUCCGGUGAACGGUGUGAUUGCCAAUAAAAUUAAGACCCUUCAAAUUCGUCAAAUGAAAAACAAGGACGAACGUGUUAAAUUGAUGAAUGAAAUUCUCAGCGGAAUUAAAGUGUUGAAGUUGUAUGCGUGGGAGACGAGCUUCGAAGAACAAGUGCAAAAGAUUCGUGAAAGAGAAAUUAAAGUAUUGAAGGAUGCAGCAUAUUUAAAUGCCGGGACGAGUUUUAUCUGGUCUUGCGCACCGUUUCUGGUUGCCCUAAUUUCUUUCACUUGUUUCGUUCUAAUUGAUGAUAAAAAUGUGUUGGAUGCGAAAACUGCUUUUGUUUCUCUAUCCCUAUUCAACAUUUUACGAUUUCCGCUUUCCAUGUUACCGAUGCUAAUCACCAACAUGGUUCAAACAAGUGUAUCUGUGAAUCGAAUCAACAAAUUCAUGAAUAGCGAAGAAUUGGAUCCACAAAAUGUAAUACACGAUCCAUCGAAUGAAGCACCACUCUCAAUUGAAAAUGGAACAUUUACAUGGGGCGAAGAAGAAUCAGUUCUCAAGAAUAUCAAUUUGCAAGUUAAAAAGAAUAAUUUGGUUGCGGUUGUCGGUUCAGUUGGUUCAGGGAAAUCGUCAAUUAUAUCGGCAUUUUUGGGUGAAAUGGACAAAUUAUCGGGACGCGUCAAUACGGCCGGAACAAUUGCCUACGUUUCACAACAGGCUUGGAUUCAAAAUGCCACACUUCAGGAUAAUAUUUUGUUCGGAAAGCCGAUGGAUCGUAAACGUUACAAUCAAGUUAUUGCAGCUUGCGCAUUGAAACCAGAUCUUGAAAUGUUACCUGGCGGCGAUGCCACAGAAAUCGGUGAAAAGGGAAUCAAUUUAAGUGGUGGUCAAAAGCAACGUGUAUCUCUUGCCCGUGCUGUAUAUAAUGAUGCAGAUAAUUACUUCUUGGACGAUCCAUUGAGUGCAGUCGAUGCUCAUGUAGGGAAACAUAUAUUCGAAAAUGUAAUUGGACCGUCUGGUAUUUUGGCAUCAAAAAGUCGAUUGCUUGUGACUCACGGUAUUACGUAUUUGCCAAACGUGGAUAAUAUUUAUGUUGUGAAAAAUGGUGAAAUAAGUGAAUCGGGGACAUUAAAGGAAUUGAUCAAUAAAAAAGGUGAUUUCGCUGACUUUUUGAUUCAACAUUUACAAGAGGUGAACGAGGAGGAAGAGAAUUUGGAUGAGAUAAAAGAACAAUUGGAAAACACAUUAGGCACAAAUCCAGAUAUCGAACUCCGCGGAAAACUUGAAAGAGCUAUUAGCCGAUCACGAAGCGAAAGUCGUUCAGAAACCGGAUCAUUGAAUGGCUAUAUAUCUGCUGAAAGUACAAUUUCAAAUGAAGAUGGUGUACGUAAGCGAUCUGUAAAUAAACGUGACUCUGAUAGUGAUCUAAAGGCAAAUAAAGCAGAUGAAAAUGGUCAAAAACUGAUUGAACAAGAAAAAUCGGAAGUUGGAAGCGUCAAAUGGGAUGUUUACAAGCAUUAUUUGAAAAGUAUUGGUGUUUCGUUAACCAUUUUAACGGUACUUUUGAACUUAAUCUAUCAAGGAUUUGCAAUUGGUUCAAGUAUGUGGCUUUCAAAAUGGUCAAACGAUAAACAGGCUGCUAAUGACACUGACAAAAGAAACUUAUAUUUGGGUGUGUACGCUGCCUUUGGAUUGGGACAAGUUCUGCUCAGUUUCGCCACGUCGUUGAUAGUAGCGCUAGGUUUUAUUUAUUCAGCAAAAGCAAUGCAGGAAAGUCUGUUGACAAAUGUACUGCGUUGGCCGAUGCAGUUGUUCGACACGACGCCACUGGGGCGCGUGAUAAAUAGAUUUUCAAAAGACGUGGACACGGUCGAUAACAUCCUUCCACAAACUAUUAGAAGUUGGAUUAUGAUGUUUUUCGCGGUGUUGUCAACGCUUGUCGUGAUCAGUGUGUCAACAUACUGGUUCAUGGCAGUUAUAUUCCCAAUUGGUAUUGUUUACUAUUUCGUACAACGAUUUUAUGUAUCCACAUCGCGUCAAUUGAAACGUCUUGAGUCGGUAUCAAGAUCACCAAUUUAUUCACAUUUCGGCGAAUCAAUUCAAGGUGCACCAACUAUUCGAGCUUAUAGCGUUCAACAAAGAUUUAUUUCGGAUUCGGAUAAUAAAGUAGACUUUAAUCAAGUAUGCUAUGCGCCUUCGGUCAUUGCAAAUCGUUGGUUGGCUGUUCGCUUGGAAAUGGUUGGCAAUUUGAUUAUAUUCUUUGCUGCAUUGUUUGCCGUCUUGAGCCGUAAUACCAUCGAUCCUGGGACCGUAGGACUUUCUGUUUCAUAUGCAUUGCAAAUUACGCAAACAUUGAAUUGGUUGGUGCGUAUGACAAGCGAAGUCGAAACAAAUAUUGUCGCCGUUGAACGUAUCAAAGAAUAUGCAGAAACAGAACAAGAAGCAGCAUGGGAGAAUCCAAAUGCAGUUGUACCCAAAAACUGGCCAGAAUACGGAAACGUUCAAUUUAAAAAUUUCGAAGUUCGUUAUCGUGAAGGACUUGAUCUUGUUUUACGCGGUUUAACAUUCACUAUAAAUGGAACCGAAAAAGUGGGCAUCGUCGGCCGUACAGGCGCUGGAAAGUCAAGCUUAACAUUGGCCUUAUUCAGAAUUAUCGAAUCAGCUGGCGGUUCGAUAGUUAUCGAUGGCGAAGAUAUAUCCAAACUCGGUUUGCAUACGUUGCGAUCAAGAUUGACAAUCAUACCACAAGAUCCGGUUUUAUUCAGCGGAUCGCUUCGCUUAAAUCUCGAUCCAUUCGGCCAAAAAAGUGACGAAGAAGUGUGGCGAGCAUUGGAAUUGGCUCAUUUGAAAGCAUUCGUAAAGGGAUUGACAGCCGGUUUGAAUCACGAAGUAACGGAAGGUGGUGAAAAUCUCUCAGUUGGUCAACGUCAGUUAGUGUGUUUAGCUCGUGCCUUAUUACGAAAAACAAAAGUGCUGAUAUUAGACGAAGCAACUGCAGCUGUAGACCUGGAGACCGAUGAUCUCAUUCAAAAAACCAUUCGUAGUGAGUUCAAUGACUGCACUAUAUUAACUAUUGCGCAUCGUUUGAAUACGAUUAUCGAUGCUGAUAAAAUCAUUGUAUUGGACAAGGGUCAUGUUGCUGAAUUCGACUCACCAGACAAACUGUUGGCCAAUAAGAAAUCAGCAUUUUACAGUAUGGCAAAGGAUGCGGGACUUGUAUAAGUUCACUGCUAAAAAUUCAGAAAUCACAACCACGACAAAUCCAGUUAAAUACAUAGGAUUUAAGAAUCUUCAUCAAGCAAUUAACAUAUUGUAAAGUACAGAUGUAGUUUUAAUGUUAAUUUAGUUUUUUUUUUUUGCAAUCAAUUGUGAAUCGAGAUACUUAUGCGCCUUACUUACUCACAUUAUACAGAGAUUUUGGAAUGAACUCUUAGCCAUUCAAUUCUUUUUGCUUGUUCAUUUCUCUUUACAACUUAUGAUAAGAGUUGAAAAGAGGAUCCGUACUUACUUUUUUUCGAUAAUCUUAAGAGAGAUAUUUUAUUUUGUGUAUUUCGAGGUUGUUUUGUUUGAAAUUCGUUUCAAAACUUAUGACAUUGUUAAAGAGACAAAUCUCAAGAAGAUAUUAUUUGCAUACAAUUUAUACUGAACAGAUUCAAUCAUCCGUUUGUAAUUCAAUCACAAAUUUUGUACUUAUAGUUAUAAAAUGAGCGAACAAAUACUUAAAAUAAAUUCGUUAUUUGAUGUACAAAAAAGUGCACAUUAUAA